CAGAAAAAAACAAAACAAAACAAUGGAGGCUCCUUCCAUUUGGUUUCUCAGAGCCAAUUUGCUCUUUUUUAUCUUUACCACUACUUCGUCCUCACUAUUUGAUAGCAUUAGUCAAUUCCAGUCUAUUAGUGAUGGCAAAACUUUGGUUUCAAGUGGUGGAAAAUUUGAGCUAGGUUUCUUCAGUCCAGGCACUUCCAAGAACCGUUACUUGGGAAUUUGGUACAAGAAAAUCCCUGUAAAAACUGUUGUUUGGGUUGCAAACGGAUGCAACCCAAUCAAUGAUUCUUCUGGCUUGUUGAGUAUAAGCAGCACAGGCAAUCUUGUCCUUUUGGGUAAGAACAGGAGUGUGGUCUGGUCGACAACCUCAGUCAAGCAACCUCAGAAUCCUCUGCUGCGGCUUCUAGAUUCCGGGAAUCUAGUACUAAAAGACGAGAACGAUGGAAAUCAAGAAUCUUAUUUGUGGCAAAGCUUUGACUAUCCUUGUGACACAUUGUUACCAUACAUGAAGUUGGGAUGGAAUUUGAGGACAGGUCACAAGUGGAGCCUAUCAGCUUGGAAGAAUCCAGAUGAUCCAUGUCCUGGAAAUUUCACUUAUGGGAUUGAGCUAAGACCUCAUAAAUACUCUGAAGGAUAUAUAAGGCAGGGAAAUGACAAAUUCUAUCGAACUGGCCCGUGGAAUGGCCUACGGUUCAGUGGCUCACCAGAGCUGAGAAACAAUCCUCUUUAUGAUUUUCACUUUGUUGAUGAUGACAACGAAGUGUCUUACAUGUAUACACUCAAGAAUGAGUCUUUGAUAUCAAGACUAGCUCUGAACCAAACCACCAGCACACGCGAACGUUAUGUAUGGAUUGCAGCAGAUCAGACUUGGGAGCAAUAUAUUUCUGUACCUCGAGACUAUUGCGAUAAAUAUGGCCUCUGCGGAGCCAAUGGAAAAUGUAUCAUUGGCCAGAAUCCAGUCUGUGAAUGUCUAGAAGGGUUCAAGCCUAGGUCUCAAGAAAAUUGGAAUACCAUGGAUUGGUCUCAAGGUUGCAAACGCGAUUUACCACUGAGCUGCCAAGAGAAACACAGACAUGGUUUUAUCAAAUAUGUUGGAUUGAAAUUGCCAGAUACCACAAAUUCUUGGGUGGAUAAUAGUAUUAAUCUUGAGGAAUGCAGGGCCAAAUGCUUGAACAACUGUUCUUGUAUGGCUUAUACGAACUCCGAUAUCAGGGGCAAAGGUAAUGGCUGUGUCUUGUGGUUUGAUGAUCUGGUGGAUAUAAGAUUGAUACCUGAUGGUGGACAGGACCUAUACAUUCGAAUGCCAGCUGUGCAGCCAGAAAGAAAAACAGAAAUAGGAGCUUAUGAUAAGGUGAAGACAGCAGGGAUAACUGUGGCUGUCAUGGGAGCAGUAGUUUCAGGGAUGCUCAUUCUUGGCUAUUGCAUUAGCAGAUUAAGGACAACCGCCUCCAAAGAGAAAAUAAUGAUAAAUGAGAUAGUAAGUCAGAACAAUGGAGGCCGAAAGGAAGACUUGGAUCUCCCCUUGUUCGACAUAUCAACAAUGGCAACCGCAACUAAUAAAUUUUCAAUGGAAAAUAAGCUUGGGGAAGGUGGUUUUGGACCUGUUUACAGGGGUAUGCUGAAAGAUGGACAAGAAAUUGCAGUGAAGAGGCUGUCAGAGAGAUCCGGACAAGGCAUAAACGAGUUUAAGAAUGAACUAGUAAUACUAUUUGCCAAGCUCCAGCAUCGGAAUCUUGUAAAGCUUCUUGGUUGCUGCAUUCAUGGAGAAGAGAAAAUGCUGGUUUAUGAAUAUAUGCCGAAUAAAAGCCUGGACUCUUUCAUUUUUGAUCCAAAGCAAAGUAAACAAUUAGAGUGGUGGCAACGCUUCCAAAUUAUUUGUGGAAUAUCCCGGGGACUUCUUUAUCUCCAUCAUGAUUCUAGAUUGAGAAUUAUUCACAGAGAUCUCAAAGCAAGUAAUAUUUUACUUGAUAAAGAAAUGAAUCCCAAGAUUUCAGACUUUGGCAUGGCUAGAACCCUUUUAGGAGAUCAGACAGAAGGAUAUACAAACAGAGUGGUUGGAACAUAUGGCUAUAUGGCACCAGAGUAUGCUUAUAAUGGAAAGUUCUCAAUCAAAUCUGAUGUUUUUAGCUUUGGAGUAUUGAUGUUGGAGAUUAUAAGUGGAAAGAGAAGCACAGGGUUUCAUCAUCAAAACGAUGGGGUCACCCUUAUUGGAUAUGCAUGGACAAUGAUGCAAGAAGGCAGGCCAUUUGAACUGAUUGAUGAAUGCUUGAGAAACUCCUCUCAGAAUCUGUCUGAAGUGUUGCGCUGUAUCCACACCAGCCUGCUAUGCGUACAACAGUGCCCUGUGGAUAGACCAAGCAUGUCGUCUGUGGUUAUGAUGUUGGCUGGUGAGGUUGCUUUGGUUCAGCCUAAACCACCAGCUUUCUUUAUGGAAUCAAAUGGGUAUUUCGAAGCAGAUUAUUCCUCAAGCAAGCAUUUAUCAUCUUCCACAAAUGAUAUAACUAUAACAAUUCUGGAGGCUCGUUGAGCAUACAUAGCAUGUCAAUGUAUUUACAAAUAUAAAUAAGUAUAUUCGUCAGGUUUAUCCAUUCGUAACAUUUCUUACAUAUCAGAUAGCAGGUAAUUUCAAGGCUAGUGGGUUAAAUUUAAUUUGUUCAAACAAGAGGUGUGAAAUGGCAACAUGAGACAACUCGUGGUUCUGUAAAUCUAACAUGUUUUAAGAAACUAUUAAUCUAAGAAUUUAUGAUCCAAGAAGGAUUGCCCCUGCACUGAACGAAUAGAAAUUGGAUGAGCUUUGGGUCUUUUUGAUUGGAAAAAAAUAUUAGAUUAACUUCAUGUAGUCUGAAUUUUACGAAACCAGCUGUAGUAUGUUGGAAUGUAAUUUUAGGAAGCCUAGGGAAGCCAUCAAAUACCUUUGCAACUGCCAUUAGACGGCUAAGAAGAUUACCUUCUAAUCUUAAAUGAGAAAAACGAAAAAUCUCAUUUGCAGGCUUCCACCUUCAUAUGCAUUUGUAUGAUGAUCAAACCAUUAAACCUGCCGUAUGUGAAUUGGGUUUGGAGUCUAAUUAGCAAUGGCAUGUCCAGGUUAUUUUACUUUUUCUUCGUUUCUUUCGUUGCCCUGUUUUUGGUUGUGGCAUAUUUCCAAACAGAACUAGAGAAAAAGCAGAACACAAGAUGAGGGCAGAAAAUUGACUCUAAAUAUGACAGUUAGGAGAAGCUUGGUCUGCUCAUAAUAGAUAGGUCUAAAAACAAAA